AUGGCUCGAUUCCUUUCAGCAAUUGUUCUUUUCGGUCUGUCUCUGUUCAGUGUCCAGGCAAUGCCUCUGUUCGAUGCCGAUUUAGCGGCCAGUCCUCUGUUGUAUGAUGUCCGCCUCUCUUAUCGAGCAGCCCCUAGAAUGGUUUCAGAUAAACAGGCGCGCUUGAUCUAGAUUUUUGCCCCUAUUGUCCCUCUCUCUCCCUCUCUCUCUUAUAUUCAUUCAUUCAUUCAUUCGUUUAUAUAUUUCAUAUAUUCAUAUAUUCUCUCUUACCUUGUUUUCUAUCUAUCUAUCUUCUUUUGUUCUCUUGUUAGACACAUAUAAUAUAAUACACUUAUUUAUAUGUGUACAUAUAUAGUGAUGAAGACAUGACAUGAUGUGUGACCGGUUCGUCCCACUUGAAAAAUAAAUAAAUAAAUAAAAUAAAAUAUUUCUUCCUCCUACCUCC